ACUGUCAUUGCCGCUAUUGUCGUCGGUGUUCGUGUUAUUGUUGUGGUUGUUGCUGUUCUCGUCGUCAUCAUGGUUGUUGGUGUUGUUGUUAUUAUUGUGGCUGUUGUUUUCAUCGCCUUUGUUACUGUCAUUAUCGUUGUGGUUGUUGGUAGUGUUAUGAUCGUUGUUGAUAUUGUCAGUGUCGUUGCUGCUGUUGAUGUUUUUGUAGUUAUUGUUUUUGCCAUUGUUGCCAUAGUUGUUGGUAUCAUUGUCGUUGUUGCUGUUGUUGUUGCAGUUCUCGACAUUAUGGUCCUUCUCCUCGUCGCCUUUGUUAUUGCCAUUAUCGUUGUGGUUGUUGAUGCUGUCAUUGUUGCUAUUGUCGUCGUCAUUAUUGUUGUCGGUGUUAUUGUUAUUAUUGUGGCUGUUGUUGUUAUCGUUGUCGUUAUUGAUGUUGUUGUUGUUGGCAUCGCCUUUGUUAUUGUCAUUAUCGUUGUGGUUGUUGGUACUGUCAUUGCCGCUAUUGUCGUCGGUGUUCGUGUUACUGUUGUGGUUGUUGCUGUUGUCGUCGUCAUCAUUGUUGUCGGUGUUGUUGUGGCUAUUGUUGUUGUCGUUGUCGUUAUUAUUGCUGAUGUUGUUGUUGUUGUCAUCGUCUUUGUUGUUAUCAUUGUCGUUGUGGUUGUUGGUAGUGUUGUUAUCGUUGUUGGUAUUGUCAUUGUUGUUACAGCUGUUGACGUUGUUGUGGUUAUUAUUUUUGCAGUUGUUGUCAUUGUAGUUGUUGAUAUCAUCGUUGUUAUUGUUGUUGUCGCCUUUGUUGUUUUCAUUAUCGCUGUGGUUGUUGGUAUUGGCAUUGUUGUUGCUGUUGUAGCUGCUAUUGUGGUUGUCGUUAUUGUUGUCAGUGUUGUUGUUGUUUUUGCCGUUGUAGUUGUCGUCGUCAUUUCCUCACCUGCAGUAAAAUAA